AUGAGGGCCAAACGGAAGGACGUUAGCUACUUCGACAAUGCGGAGUUCGAGGAACACGAGGAGAUCUUCCAGAGGACGGCGGACUACAUGAUGGAAUGCCUCGAAGAAUUGGAGCCUCCUCUCAACUCAACUCCAUUGCGGCUUGAUCACGCCACGCACAAGGCGUGGCGAUUGAAAGGAGGCGAUGAUGCCGCGAUUCCAACAUUCGAGGACUUAGAUAGAUUUAUCUCCGCGCGCGUGCGAGCCUUGGAAGAACUCACGUCUCAUAAUGCGGCUAAGUCUACGCGUUCGUCAAAAUCCGCUUCCGUGAACGCCGUUACCACGUCUCCAGCCUCGUGUCCGAUUUGUAAAGCGAGUCAUUACUUGAGUAAGUGUCCGCAAUUUAUUAAGAAAGGUCCGAGUCAACGCAUGGAGUUUAUCAAACAACACCAAAGGUGCAUUAAUUGUCUCAGUACGAAACACGCCUUGUAUUCAUGCCCAAGCCAAUACACUUGUCGCCGAUGCCAGAAAAGGCAUCAUUCGAUGCUCCAUGUUGAUUCAGUCUCAUGCGCUACCGCCUCGGUAGUCACUGCUGAAUCGACUCCGCCGGUCGAAGCGAGAGGUAAUCGCGGCGCGGUGGCGUUGUUUGCUUCGCAAGAAUUAUCGCAUCGAACUCCGGUACUCCUUGCGACGGCGCGAGUCACGUUUUCACUCUCUGCCAUCUGCGGUCUUAAAGCGGAUAACUGCAAGUUUGCAACUCAAAUUACGAUCUCGCCGCAAAAUAAAUCUGAGCCGAGUCUCACAAUCACUGCGUCGAUUUUGCCUUCACUCGCUGAUUACAAUUCGGGGCUCGAUCGAGCCAGAUGCAACUGGAAUCAUCUCGCGGAUCUCGCUCUAGCAGAUCCUCACUUCAAUGGUUCUGAUCCCAUUGAGCUCCUCAUCGGCGCCGAUAUCUAUGGCGAGAUAUUCCUUGGCGAAAUGCAAAAGGGACCUCGCGGGCAGCCCUAUGCAUUAAAUACCAUUUUUGGAUGGGCAGUAUCCGGCCCUACGAGUGUGUCAAUUCAAUCCCGCCGAACAAUCACUGUUCAACAUUGUUCGGCCUCAACGUCGCUUGCGCUCGAUCGCGAACUGAGAAGAUUUUGGGAGAUCGAGGAAGUUCCGCGACAGACUGUACUCGGCCCGGAGAAACAACGAUGCAAGGAUUUCUUCAUGACCACUCAUUCGCGUUGUUCCGACGGCCGAUACAUUGUGCGCCUUCCAUUUAAACGUGAUCCUCCCAUUAAUAUCGGUCGUUCUCGCGAUACCGCUGAGCGAUGUCUAAAAAGCUUACUUCGACGCUUUGAAAUUAACGCCGAGCUAAAACAACAAUAUUUCAAUUUCAUGCGGGAAUACGAAGCUCUGGGACACAUGCGAAAAGCCUCACCUCUCUCAGAAUUCUUUCAGUGCGUGUAUAUUCCUCACCAUCCCGUCUUUCGCGACGGUAGUGCGACCACACACUUGCGCGUGGUAUUCAAUGCGUCGAGUCUAACGUCAAGCGGGAAAUCGCUUAAUGAUAAUUUGCUUCCAGGACCGAAACUACAAACGGACUUGGCGGCAGUCGUGAUGCGAUGGCGACAGUUUCGCUACGUAUACUCGGCCGAUGUCGAGAAAAUGUAUAGGCAGAUUGUCGUUGAUCCGCGUGACACAGAUUAUCAACGCAUAUUAUGGGUGGAUACCGAGACGGAGCGCAUGCAAGAUUAUAAGCUCUUGACCGUGACGUACGGUAUGGCGUCGGCGCCGUUUUUGGCGUUACGAGUGCUGCGCCAACUGGUCCGCGAUGAAGAGCAUUCCUAUCCGUUAGCCGUGUUCGUCCUGACGGAUAACAUUUAUGUUGACGACGUCUUGUUCGGCGCCGAAGAUAUCUCUCUGCUUCGGCAGGCGCGCGAUCAAGUAUGCUCACUGCUGCGCUGCGGCCAAUUCAAUUUGCGCAAGUGGUCCAGUAACUCGUCGGCUCUUCUGAGCGACAUUGAUGACAACGAUCACGGUUUAGCCUGCAGCAAGGACCUUCAACCAGGCGAAAAGCUCGACUGGGAUGACCAAUUUCCCACCGAUCUCGCUGAUGAGUGGGAAGUUAUUCGGGCGUCGCUCCUGUCCCUUGAUGGCCUUCAGCUCGAUCGAUGGGUUCGACGCGGAUCGGAUACGACGGCCUGCGAGCUGCACGGGUUCGCGGACGCGUUCUCUCAGGCGUAUGGUUUAUCUGAGGCUUCUUUCGAUCUCCGGAGAGGUCUCCUCGAUGCUCCUCGUCGGAAAGUCUAG